AUUUGGCUUUAUCUGACGCCGUUGCUUUUCAUGAUAGACGUCACAGAAAGGAGGACCACACACGUGCAGUGAUAAUGUAACACCACAGCUGUAACUGAGCAGGAAAAUUGUACAAAAAUUAACUUCCCAUGCGUAUUCAUGCCACUGCAGCGCGCACGCGACCGCAACAUCUGCAGGAAAAUAGCCAGCGAUUAAACGAGAAACCAAAAAAAAUGGGUUAAAAAUCAGUUUGUGUCCCUCGCCUGCAGCACCCAGAAGUGAACAGCAGGCGACCCGGAAGGUUUGAAGUCCGAUUGAGAGCGAGCAGAAAGAAGAGUCCAAUCCUGUAUAAAAUAUUUCUUCUCUCGCUGCUUCAGGAUGGCUGAACCCCGCUUUAACAAUCCGUAUUUCUGGCCUCCACCUCCUGCCAUGCCCAGCCAGCUGGAUAACCUAGUCUUGAUCAAUAAAAUCAAGGAGCAGCUGAUGGCAGAGAAGAUCAGAGCGCCACAUCUGCCCGCUGCCUCAGCCCCUUCCUCCCAGCAGCCCUUACUGCCCCCCCACAGCCAGGCGGAAGGCAGCCAGCUCGGGAUGUCCAAAGCUCAGCAGAUGCCAGUACUCCACAGCCCAUCACAGCCUGACAUUGCCCUGCACGCACGCCCUGCCUCCAGCUCUGUCACAGGUCGUAUUCUGGGAGAUGUAAAUUUAAAUCUUGAUGACAAGGCAGCUAUCAAAGCCAGAGGAUUAUGGGAAGACUGGCAUCUGCGUCAACUGAUAGACCAUCCCUCCAGGACCAAUCAUGUCUCAGGUGUGGCGCUGGCGUCCAGAACAGGCAACCUCAACACCUCAGAGAUCAUCACCCCCACUACGCCCACCUCAAGCAGCCACAGCCGGCUGGGUGGAGCCCCCACGCCUCACCUCAUCUCAGGGUUAGCCUGCAGCCACAGCAUGGAGCCUGGGAAAAACAACGGGGGCCUGGUGGGGCUCCUCGGUCCUCCACCAAAGGAAGAACGGGGGCGCAAGAAGAUCAAGGCUGAGAAUGGGUCUUCACUUUUGGUGGUGCCCUACCCGAUCCUUGCCUCGGGACACGACCAGUCAUGUGUUUCUAUCACCACCAAAGAAGGAAAAACCUACAGGUGUAAAGUUUGUCCCCUGACCUUCUUCUCCAAGUCAGACAUGCAGAUUCACUCUAAAACCCACACAGAAGCAAAGGCUCAUAAGUGUCCUCACUGCAGCAAGUCUUUUGCUAAUGCAUCGUACCUAGCCCAGCAUCUGCGCAUACACUUGGGCCUCAAACCUUACCGCUGCUCGUACUGUGAGAAGUGUUUUCGGCAGCUUUCCCAUCUGCAGCAGCACACCAGAAUCCACACAGGAGAACGACCUUACAAAUGUGCCCAUCCCGGAUGUGAAAAAGCUUUUACUCAGUUGUCUAAUCUGCAGUCUCACCAGCGGCAGCACAACAAGGACAAGCCGUUCAAAUGUUCCAACUGUUUCCGUGCCUACUCAGACUCUGCCUCGCUGCAGAUCCACCUGUCUGCACAUGCCAUCAAAAACGCCAAGGCCUACUGCUGCAGCAUGUGCGGCCGGGCGUACACCUCGGAGACGUACCUUAUGAAGCACAUGUCCAAACACACACUAGUGGAACACGUCGUAUCCCAUCACUCCCCUCUGCAAAGGACAGAUUCUCCCACCAUCCCUAUACGGAUUUCCCUCAUCUGAGCUCCUCUUUUAAAAUGGUCCCAGAGUGAUAUCUGCGCUCCAUCCAUGAACUUUUAUCCCACAGGCGUGUUCCAAAAAUCACGCCAGAUUGUUCAAGCAUCUUCUGAGGAGGUGCUUUUUUAACAAGUAUUUCCUCUGUUCCUUAUUGCUGACCAGAUAGUAUUAUCGGGGACAUCCAAAGAUGACUUCUCAGCACUUUCAGGCCUGAAAAUGAUGGGCCUUAAAAUUUCUUUUUCUACAUGACUUCACAGGAAAUAAAAAAGUAUUGCUCCAGGCAGCUACAUGGGAAAUCUUUUUGCAUUAAAACAGAUUAAGUUGUUGUUUCUUUUAUACUGUUUUUAUUUACUUUACCAACUUCUUUGCAAAAAAAAAGCUUCAGAGAUGGUCUUCCAUUAGCUGGGUUGCAAAGUGAGCAUAAAGGUGAAUGCUUAUAUAAAGUGUAUUCAUGUAUACCGUGCUACUUUCUAUGUAUGUGUUUGCAAUGUUUCACCUGUCACGUGGCUUUAAUGCACAUAGAGAUCAUAAAACAACAUUUUUAUUUUCUCACCAAGUUGCCGACAUCACCCUAACCUCAUUUUAAAGAUGGAUCUACAGUUUCUUCUACCUAUAUUACUUUAUGUUAUGAAUUAUGUUCAUUAUCUUCAAGACUAUUGUUUUGUUAAAGGUUUGAUUCUGUUACAGAUGUGUUUUUAUAUAAACAAAUCCUCACCAAACACUGACACGAGCAAGAGUCUGAAGGCAUGCACUGUAAGGAGAGGAAGUGAUAAAAACACAACAGGCUUUUGUAAAAAAAAUAAAAUUGUUUUCUUUUUUCUUUUGCUUUAAUGUCAUGACAUUCAUCAUGAUUUGGUUUUUAUAAAAUACUGAGUGAUUUCUUUGCCUGUGUCUCUGGCACCUGUGCAAAUAAAUAGGACUGAACUAUAACAUCCACUGAGCUGCUGCCACACGAACAGAUGUGUUUUCUGGUUAUCUGUGUCAUCAAAUGUCAAACUAAAGCCUCAUGUCAUUUUUCUGUUGCUUUAUUAAUGAACACUUGCCAUUUUAUAUGCAUUUAAGCCUUAACUUUGUUACAACUCUUGGGUCCAGGUUGUUGUGUCAGCACUUUUCAGUUGCCCUUGAUGUCAUUAUAGCAUGAUGAAUAUAAAUAUAUGCUGUAAAUAAACUAUGUUAACUGUCAAACUGUUUUCUAAUAAAUAAUUCUAUCAUUUCAAGAAAAAGAGAUAUAUGAUACGA